AUGGCAAGAAUCAGAAAAAGGAAGAUCACAUCCAAAUUGAUUGAGAAUUUUAGUCAGAGAAAAAUAUGUUAUAAGACAAGAUUGAAAGGGUUGUUCACUAAAAUGAAUCAAGUGACAACCCUUUGUGAUCUUGAGGCAUGUGCGAUUGUGUUUGGUCCAGGUGAUAGAACACCUGUAAUGUGGCCAUCUCGUGAUGUAGCUGAAAGACUAAUACAUAAAUUAGAGUCGAUGUCAGAAUGUUUACGAUUUAAAAAUGUGACUGAUCAAUUAUCUUUUUUGAAGGAUAAAGGUGAAAGACUUCAAGCAACCGUUGACAAGAUGAAGGAAGAUAAUGAAGAUAGACUAAUGGGAUCUUACAUGUAUCAAAUUGAGAAUGAAGGUAAGCCUUUAAGUGAUUUUGAACCUAGUGUGUUGAAUCGUUUGAUUAGGUUUAUGCUGAAAAAGUAUAAGAUAUUUAGUCAAAAAGAAGAGUACUAUUUUCCUCCUCCACCACCACUUCCUUCAAUGUCUUGUCCUUUAGAUGAUAACAAUGGGGCAGAUUAUGAGAUAAACACAAAUGAACAAAGUUUGAACCAACAACCAUUGUUAGAUUUGGUUUACCAAAGCGAUCGAAUGGUAACUGAUUUUGAUAACAAUGUUGGUAGUAGCAUAGGGCCACUACCACAUGAAAAUUUUGAAGGUUUUAACAAUAGUGGCAACGGUAUCCCACAAGGAAAUUCAGAAGGCUUCCCUAACAACAAGUUAGGAAUAGCAAUACAAGCAAACCCUAGUGUUGGUGGUGGUGAUACGAUGUUCCCUAGAGAGAAUUUUGGAGUUUUUCUUAACAGCAUUGAUAGAAGCAUGGGAAUACCACCAUACGCAAAUCCUAGGGUUAGGGUUGAUGAGUUUUUUCCUCAAGGAAAAUUUGAUGGUUUUAAUGGUGGAAGUACUUCGAGAGUGUUUAAUGAGGGAAACAAUGGAGGUUUUAAUGGCGAAAAUUACUCGGGCAAUGGUGAGAAUCAUCAAUCAAAUUUAUUUCCUCAAGGUGAUUUAAAAGGUUUUAAUGGUAUCCCUACCAAUGAUGGAAGUGGCACGACUAUGUCAAUACCUUCGAACAUCAAUGAAGACAACAACAAUGGAAGACCUAUGGAAAGUUUCAAUGGAAACUUUGGUGACAAUAACUAUUGA